AUGGUAGACUUAACUGCCUUUGAUGGGAUCGCGAGCGCUACGCAGUCCGCGGCAACGAUAGGCAUCCGACCCGGCACGCGCAUCGACCACCCCAUCAUUGUUGCAGGCCUGGUCUUCGGCAUCCUGGCUUUCCUCUCAGCCGUCACCCUACUCAUCUACUUCAUUGUGAAGCGCGCGAAGAUGAGCCGGGCCCACCGCCAGUACCACAAUGAUCCUUAG